AUGGUUUCAGCAGAAUUUAAAGAAAAAGUAUUUUCAAAUUUAAAAACAAGACCAAAUGAUGAUGAAUUAUUAAAAUUAUAUGGUUUAUAUAAACAAGCUACAGCUGGUGAUAAUACUACUCAAAAACCAGGUACUUUUGAUUUUAAAGGUAAAUAUAAAUGGCAAAGUUGGAAAGAUUUAGAAGGUACUUCUAAAGAAGAUGCUGAAAAACAAUAUAUUGAAUUUGUUAAUGAAUUAAUUGGUAAAUAUAAUUAG